ACAGGACUUGAUGCGCCGAGCCCCAGCACACCGCCAUCAUGUCAGGCACUGUGUCCAUUCUCCAGCAAUUUGCCAAUGGCUUGAAGAGUCGCAGCGAAGAGACAAGGGCAAAAGCUGCCAAGGACUUGCAACACUAUGUCACCAUGGAGCUCCGCGAAAUGAGUCAAGAAGAAUCUACCAAAUUUUAUGAUCAGCUGAACCAUCACAUAUUUGAGCUGGUCUCUAGCUCUGAUGCAAAUGAAAGGAAGGGUGGCAUUCUGGCUAUAGCAAGUCUCAUCGGUGUUGAAGGAGGUAACGCCACCCGUAUUGGCAGGUUCGCCAACUACCUGCGGAACCUCUUGCCGUCCAAUGACCCUGUUGUCAUGGAGAUGGCCUCCAAGGCUAUUGGGAGGCUCGCGAUGGCCGGUGACACCUUCACCGCCGAGUACGUGGAGUUUGAGGUGAAACGAGCUCUGGAGUGGCUGGGAGCUGACAGGAAUGAAGGUCGAAGACAUGCAGCUGUUCUUGUCCUGCGUGAGCUGGCAAUCAGCGUGCCUACCUUCUUCUUCCAACAAGUGCAGCCGUUCUUUGACAAUAUUUUUGUGGCUGUGUGGGAUCCCAAACAGGCCAUCCGAGAGGGAGCUGUUUCUGCCUUAAGAGCCUGCCUUAUCCUCACUACUCAGCGUGAGCCUAAAGAGAUGCAGAAGCCCCAGUGGUACAGACAUACGUAUGAAGAGGCUGAGAAGGGUUUUGAUGAGACUUUGGCCAAGGAGAAAGGGAUGAACCGUGAUGACCGAAUCCAUGGUGCCUUACUGAUCCUCAAUGAGCUGGUGAGGAUCAGCAGUAUGGAGGGAGAGCGUCUUAGAGAGGAGAUGGAGGAGAUCACUCAGCAGCAGCUUGUGCAUGACAAGUACUGCAAAGACCUGAUGGGCUUCAGCACCAAACCUCGCCACAUCACGCCCUUCACUAGCUUCCAGUCUCUUCAGCCCUCUCAGUCAAAUGCCUUGGCUGGUCUUCUGGGAUACAGUGCCCACCAAGGAAUCAUGGGUUUUGCAGCCUCACCUGUCCCAGCAAAGUCUACACUGGUAGAAAGUCGAUGUUGCAGAGAUCUAAUGGAAGAAAAGUUCGAUCAAGUGUGCCAGUGGGUUCUCAAGUGUAGAACCAGCAAAAAUUCUUUGAUCCAGAUGACAGUUCUCAAUCUGCUACCACGGCUGGCUGCUUUCCGUCCUUCAGCCUUCACAGCUGAUCAGUAUCUUCCAGACACCAUGAACCAUGUUCUCAGCUGUGUGAAGAAGGAGAAGGAGAGAACAGCAGCCUUCCAGGCUUUGGGUUUGCUUUCUGUAGCUGUGAGGUCGGAGUUCCAAGCUUACCUGCCAAAAGUCCUUGAAAUCAUAAAAGCGGCUCUUCCACCAAAAGACUUUGCCCACAAGAGGCAGAAGUCAGUACAGGUUGAUGCCACAGUCUUCACCUGCAUUAGUAUGCUGGCACGAGCCAUGGGGCCCAGCAUCCAGCAGGACAUCAAAGAGCUUCUGGAACCUAUGCUGGCUGUGGGCCUAAGCCCUGCUCUAACAGCUGUGCUGUAUGACUUGAGUCGUCAGAUCCCCCAGCUAAAGAAGGAUAUCCAGGAUGGGCUGCUGAAAAUGCUCUCCCUUGUUCUAAUGCACAAACCUCUGCGACAUCCAGGCAUGCCAAAAGGCCUUGCCCACCAGCUGGCCUCCCCUAGCCUCACCAACAUCCCUGAGGCCAGUGAUGUGGGUAGCAUCACCCUUGCCCUGCGCACACUGGGCAGCUUUGAGUUUGAAGGCCAUUCUCUGACUCAGUUUGUUCGGCACUGCGCAGACCACUUUCUGAACAGCGAACACAAGGAGAUCCGGAUGGAGGCAGCUCGCACUUGCUCUCGCUUGCUCACGCCCUCCAUCCACUUGAUCAGCGGUCAUGCCCAUGUGGUCAGUCAGACUGCAGUGCAGGUGGUGGCCGACGUUCUCAGCAAACUGCUUGUGGUUGGAAUAACAGACCCAGACCCUGAUAUACGUUUCUGCGUGCUGGCUUCUCUGGAUGAGCGAUUUGAUGCUCACCUUGCCCAGGCGGAAAAUUUGCAAGCUCUUUUUGUGGCCCUGAAUGAUCAAGUAUUUGAAAUCCGAGAGCUGGCCAUCUGUACUGUGGGUCGCCUGAGCAGCAUGAACCCUGCUUUUGUCAUGCCUUUCCUGCGGAAGAUGUUAAUUCAGAUUCUAACAGAGCUAGAACACAGCGGUGUUGGCAGGAUUAAAGAGCAAAGUGCCAGGAUGUUGGGUCACCUGGUUUCUAAUGCUCCACGCCUCAUUCGUCCAUAUAUGGAGCCUAUCCUUAAGGCGCUGAUUGUGAAACUGAAGGACCCUGAUCCAGAUCCAAAUCCAGGGGUGAUUAACAACGUCCUAGCUACCAUAGGGGAGCUGGCGCAGGUCAGUGGGCUGGAGAUGAGGAAGUGGGUGGAUGAGCUCUUCAUUAUAAUUAUGGACAUGCUGCAGGAUUCUUCCCUGCUGGCUAAAAGACAAGUGGCUCUUUGGACGCUGGGGCAGCUGGUGGCCAGCACUGGUUAUGUGGUGGAACCGUACAGGAAGUACCCAACUUUGCUUGAGGUGCUUCUGAACUUCCUGAAGACUGAGCAAAACCAAGGCACCCGCAGAGAGGCUAUUCGUGUAUUAGGGUUGCUGGGAGCUUUGGACCCUUACAAACACAAAGUGAACAUUGGCAUGAUUGACCAGUCCCGGGAUGCUUCAGCUGUCAGCCUUUCGGAGUCUAAAUCUAGCCAGGAUUCUUCGGACUACAGUACCAGUGAGAUGUUGGUGAACAUGGGAAACCUUCCUCUGGAUGAGUUCUAUCCAGCUGUCUCUAUGGUGGCACUGAUGAGAAUUUUCCGAGACCAAUCCUUGUCCCAACACCACACUAUGGUAGUCCAGGCCAUCACCUUUAUUUUCAAAUCCCUUGGGCUGAAGUGCGUGCAGUUCCUGCCCCAGGUCAUGCCAACGUUCCUUAAUGUAAUACGGGUUUGUGAUGGUGCCAUCCGAGAGUUCCUGUUCCAGCAGCUAGGGAUGUUAGUGUCCUUUGUGAGAAGUCACAUUCGGCCCUAUAUGGAUGAAAUCGUCACCCUUAUGAGAGAUUUUUGGGUCAUGAACAACUCCAUACAGAGCACAAUUAUCUUACUUAUUGAGCAGAUUGUGGUGGCUCUAGGAGGCGAGUUCAAGCUCUAUCUGCCUCAGCUCAUUCCUCACAUGUUACGGGUCUUCAUGCAUGACAAUAGCCAGAGUCGCAUUGUCUCUGUCAAGCUAUUGAAUGCAAUCCAGCUCUUUGGAGCUAACCUGGAUGACUACCUUCACUUGUUACUACCUCCCAUUGUAAAGCUAUUUGAUGCCCCAGAUGUCCCAGUGGUGGCUCGCAAAGCUGCUCUAGAAACAGUGGAUCGCUUGACAGAAUCCCUGGAUUUCACUGAUUAUGCUUCAAGGAUUAUUCAUCCUAUUGUGCGAACACUAGAUCAGAGCCCUGAGCUGCGGACAACUGCAAUGGACACACUCUCCUCUCUGGUUUUCCAGCUGGGAAAGAAGUAUCAGAUUUUUAUCCCAAUGGUGAACAAAGUUCUGGUGCGACACAGAAUUAACCAUCAACGCUAUGAUGUUCUCAUCUGCAGGAUUGUAAAGGGCUAUACUCUUGCUGACGAAGAGGAGGAUCCCCUGAUCUAUCAGCAUCGAAUGUUGAGAAGCAACCAGGGAGAAACCUUGGCCAGUGGUCCUGUGGAAACAGGUCCUAUGAAGAAAUUGCAUGUUAGCACCAUCAACUUGCAGAAGGCCUGGGGAGCAGCAAGAAGAGUCUCCAAAGAUGACUGGCUGGAGUGGUUGAGACGGCUGAGCCUGGAGCUGCUGAAAGAUUCCUCCUCACCAUCCUUGCGUUCGUGCUGGGCCCUGGCUCAGGCUUAUAAUCCCAUGGCUAGAGAUCUCUUCAAUGCUGCUUUUGUUUCGUGCUGGUCUGAGCUGAACGAAGACCAGCAGGAUGAACUGAUCCGAAGCAUUGAAUUGGCCCUGACUUCUCAGGACAUUGCAGAGGUCACUCAGACACUGCUGAACUUGGCAGAAUUCAUGGAACACAGCGACAAGGGUCCGCUGCCUUUGAGAGAUGAUAACGGUAUUGUCCUCCUGGGCGAGAGAGCAGCAAAAUGUCGAGCGUAUGCCAAGGCCCUUCACUACAAGGAGCUGGAAUUUCAAAAGGGUCCCACCCCGGCCAUUCUAGAGUCUCUCAUCAGCAUUAACAAUAAACUGCAACAGCCAGAAGCAGCUGCUGGAGUACUAGAAUAUGCCAUGAAGCACUUUGGGGAGCUGGAAAUUCAAGCUACCUGGUAUGAAAAGCUCCAUGAAUGGGAAGAUGCUCUGGUGGCCUAUGACAAGAAGAUGGACACAAACAAGGAUGAUCCUGAGCUGAUGCUGGGACGGAUGCGUUGCUUGGAAGCACUUGGUGAAUGGGGGCAGCUCCACCAGCAAUGCUGUGAAAAGUGGACACAGGUCAAUGAUGAAACUCAAGCUAAGAUGGCUAGGAUGGCUGCUGCCGCUGCCUGGGGUCUAGGUCAGUGGGAUAGCAUGGAAGAAUAUACUUGCAUGAUCCCAAGGGACACCCACGAUGGGGCCUUCUACAGGGCUGUGCUGGCUCUUCAUCAAGACCUUUUCUCAUUGGCUCAGCAGUGCAUUGACAAGGCCAGAGAUCUGCUAGAUGCUGAGCUGACUGCCAUGGCAGGAGAGAGCUACAGUCGAGCCUAUGGGGCUAUGGUAUCCUGCCAGAUGCUGUCAGAGCUGGAAGAGGUUAUCCAGUAUAAACUUGUGCCAGAACGCCGCGAGAUCAUCCGCCAGAUAUGGUGGGAAAGACUGCAGGGUUGUCAACGGAUUGUGGAAGACUGGCAAAGAAUACUGAUGGUCCGAUCUCUUGUUGUGAAUCCUCAUGAGGACAUGAGAACUUGGCUCAAGUAUGCCAGCUUGUGUGGGAAGAGUGGGAGACUGGCUUUGGCCCAUAAGACGCUUGUCCUGCUCUUGGGAGUAGAUCCAUCUCGACAACUGGAUCACCCACUGCCAACAGUACAUCCCCAAGUGACCUAUGCGUACAUGAAACACAUGUGGAAAAGCGCUCGUAAGAUCGAUGCGUUCCAGCACAUGCAGCACUUUGUGCAGACAAUGCAGCAGCAGGCACAGCACGCUAUUGCGACUGAGGACCAGCAGCACAAGCAGGAACUCCACAAGCUCAUGGCACGGUGUUUCCUGAAACUGGGUGAGUGGCAGCUGAAUCUCCAAGGCAUCAAUGAGAGCACUAUCCCCAAAGUUUUGCAGUACUACAGUGCAGCAACAGAACACGAUCGCAACUGGUACAAGGCCUGGCACGCGUGGGCAGUGAUGAACUUUGAAGCUGUGCUUCACUACAAACAUCAGAACCAGGCCAGAGAUGAGAAGAAAAAGCUACGUCAUGCCAGCGGAGCCAGCAUCACCAGCGCCAACACAGAGGGCAGCAACAGUGAGAGUGAGGCAGAAAGCACAGAGAACAGCCCCAUCCCAUCUCCAGUGCAGAAGAAAGUCAUUGAGGAUUUAUCCAAGACCCUCUUGAUGUCUCGAGGAAACAACCUACAAGACACUCUAAGGGUCCUUACUUUGUGGUUUGACUAUGGUCACUGGCCUGAUGUGAACGAGGCUUUGGUUGAAGGAGUCAAGGCAAUCCAGAUAGAUACUUGGCUGCAGGUUAUCCCUCAGCUCAUUGCAAGAAUUGACACCCCUCGACCUUUAGUAGGACGUCUCAUUCACCAGCUCCUCACAGAUAUUGGACGGUACCAUCCCCAGGCUUUGAUUUAUCCUUUGACUGUGGCCUCUAAAUCCACGACGACUGCACGUCACAAUGCUGCAAAUAAGAUCUUGAAAAACAUGUGUGAGCACAGUAACACUCUGGUGCAGCAGGCAAUGAUGGUGAGUGAAGAGCUAAUCCGUGUAGCCAUCCUAUGGCACGAGAUGUGGCAUGAAGGGUUGGAAGAAGCAUCUCGUCUAUACUUUGGAGAAAGGAACGUGAAGGGAAUGUUUGAGGUGCUGGAACCACUUCAUGCAAUGAUGGAGCGCGGGCCUCAGACUUUAAAAGAGACGUCCUUCAAUCAGGCCUAUGGCAGAGAUCUAAUGGAAGCUCAGGAAUGGUGCAGGAAGUACAUGAAAUCAGGAAAUGUGAAAGACCUGACCCAGGCUUGGGAUCUCUAUUACCACGUGUUCAGGCGUAUCUCAAAGCAACUGCCUCAGCUCACGUCUUUGGAACUACAGUACGUAUCACCAAAACUCUUAAUGUGCCGAGACCUGGAACUGGCAGUGCCAGGCACGUAUGAUCCCAACCAGCCCAUCAUCCGCAUUCAGUCCAUUGCACCCUCACUGCAGGUUAUCACCUCCAAGCAGCGGCCCAGGAAAUUAACAUUAAUGGGAAGCAAUGGGCAUGAGUUUGUAUUCCUUCUGAAAGGUCACGAGGACCUUCGUCAAGAUGAAAGAGUGAUGCAGCUUUUUGGAUUGGUUAAUACGCUGCUAGCGAAUGACCCAACUUCUCUUCGUAAAAACCUCAGCAUCCAGAGAUAUGCUGUUAUUCCACUGUCUACAAAUUCAGGCUUGAUUGGUUGGGUCCCCCACUGUGACACACUGCACGCACUCAUCCGAGACUACAGAGAGAAGAAGAAGAUCCUGCUCAAUAUUGAACAUCGCAUCAUGCUGAGGAUGGCUCCAGAUUAUGACCACCUGACUUUGAUGCAGAAGGUAGAAGUAUUUGAACAUGCUGUCAAUAACACAGCUGGUGAUGACCUUGCCAAACUACUGUGGUUGAAAAGUCCAAGCUCAGAGGUGUGGUUUGACAGAAGAACUAAUUACACUCGCUCACUAGCUGUGAUGUCAAUGGUUGGGUACAUUUUGGGCCUUGGGGAUAGACACCCUUCCAAUCUGAUGUUGGACAGAUUGAGUGGAAAGAUCCUACAUAUCGACUUUGGGGACUGUUUUGAGGUUGCAAUGACAAGAGAGAAGUUCCCGGAGAAGAUUCCGUUUCGGUUAACAAGGAUGCUGACAAAUGCUAUGGAGGUGACGGGCCUAGAUGGCAAUUACAGAAUCACCUGUCACACUGUGAUGGAAGUCCUGCGCGAACAUAAGGACAGUGUCAUGGCUGUGCUAGAAGCCUUUGUAUACGAUCCCUUAUUGAACUGGAGGCUGAUGGACACAAAUACAAAAGGCAAUAAGCGCUCACGAACGAGAACAGACUCCUACUCAGCUAGUCAGUCAGUAGAAAUGUUGGACAGCGUGGAACUGGGUGAGACAGCCCACAAGAAAACUGGGACCACAGUGCCUGAAUCCAUCCAUUCCUUCAUAGGCGACGGUCUAGUGAAGCCAGAAGCUCUGAAUAAGAAAGCAAUUCAGAUUAUCAACAGAGUUCGAGAUAAACUCACUGGUCGAGACUUCUCUCAUGAUGAAACUCUUGAUGUACCCACACAAGUAGAAUUGCUCAUUAAGCAAGCUACUUCUCAUGAGAAUCUCUGCCAGUGCUACAUUGGAUGGUGUCCUUUCUGGUAGCAGAAGAUUCCAAAGUAUCCACAGCCUUUUAUUCUGGAGGCUUUUGCACUCCAAUCUUACUCUUCUACAAACACAAACAGAAAGUUGGACUGAAAUACAGCCUUUGUCAAAUAUUUUGAACUGUAAAUGAAAAGAGUUAUUGUAUAUUAAAAGUUGGUUUAAGCCAAUUUAUAGCUGCUGUUUGAAAAACACAAGCUGUCUAAAACACAACACUUGAUUUGGGUUUCCAGGACAGUGAAGACUGAUUGUACCACAGAUGUCUAUGGUUCCACUUGGUCUUUGGGGAACUGGUGAUCCAUUGAAAAUAACUAUAUACGGGUUUUGACUGACUUUGCAAUGUAACUAAAUUGAGUCAUUUGCGGAUUAAUUAUUGCCCUGAUCAAUCCUGUUGGCGUGGCUGCAGUGAACUCAGUGCACUCGUGCAGCAGGGUUCGCUUAGGUUUGGAGUUGAGCUGGAAAACUGGGGCGAAAGCGAGGAGAAGGAGAGUUGCACCAUCCUGUUACCUUGUUUUCCAAUUUGAUUCUUGCCCCCAAAUUGAAAAUUAUUUAUCGGCUUAUUACAUUAGCAGAGGAGUCAUGUUUCAGACUAGAUUGGGAUAUCGGAGCAAAUCCAAGAGCUGAAGACCUCGAGCCAAGCGCAGUAAGGUGCCUGCCUCUAUAUGGACUGAUCAGUGGCAAAGCGGAUGCAGGGUAUCACUGAAAUACCACUUGGGAGCUUCCCACAGGGUCUGGAUUAAAAAGCAGUAUUGGGAAAUAACUAGGGAAAAGUUAAUAAGCAGCCUAAGAGGCAGAAGUGGGGAGGACUGGUAAUAACUUGAAACAGAAAAUAAUGGUUAUUAAACAUGAGGGUGAGGAUAAAGUUAUGAUUUAUGAAUAAAACAUAUUAAAAACAAAAUGCACAAAAUACAACAAAGAGUAGCCAUGUUUAGAUGCCAUGUUGUAUUUGAAUAUUUUUGUGCCAAUAAAUUACACCAAAAUGUUAAA